UUGAUAAGAGAGCAUGCGGAUUAUUCGACUAAUAUCUUACGAUUGAGUACCUUGGUGUGGUUAACUGUACAAAAUUCAAUUCAUGUCAUACUUCUUCGAUACUCGAGAGCUCGACACGUGGAAAAAGUCUUUCUUUCAUCAGUUGCUGUAUUCCUUACUGAAAUUUUCAAAUUAAUCAUUUGUAUGGUACUGAUCACUAAAAAAGAACAGAGUUUACGCAGGUUAAUUGAAUUAUUCUAUAUCACGAUAAUAGUACUCGAUAAUCCAAAGGAUACGAUCAAAGUCUGUAUUCCUGCAGUGAUAUAUACAAUACAAAAUAAUCUCUUUUACUUGGCGGCUUCGCAUCUAGAAGCAGCAACAUUUAUGGUAACUGCGCAGUUCAAAAUUUUCACAACUGCAAUAUUCACAGUAUUCUUAUUAAAAAGAGCUAUCACUAAAAAGCAGUGGUUAGCUCUUGGUGUGCUUUUUGUCGGUGUAUGCUUAGUUCAAUUGAAACAGUAUGACGAAAAGCAAGUGAAAUCUGAAAUUCCUUUUUUAGGUUUCAUAGCUGCAGCUGUUGCUUGCAUUCUUUCCGGUUUUGCUGGAAUAUAUUUUGAAAAAAUAUUAAAAUCUAAUGCACCCAUCUCUAUAUGGAUGCGUAAUGUACAAAUGGGAGUAUUUGGAGUACCAUCAAGUCUCAUCGCUUCAAUUUUGAAGGUAAUUAAAUAUGGUUUUUUCUACGGAUUCGAUAUGCUAGUUUGGAUAGUUGUUCUGUGGUACUGCAUCGGUGGUUUGUCUGUAGCAGUAUGUAUCAAAUAUGCUGACAAUAUAGCAAAAAAUUUUGCUACAUCCGUUGCUAUAAUUAUUAAUACAGUAGCAUCUAUAUACAUUUUCGAUUUCACUCCAAAUUUACCUUUUUUAGUGGGAGCUGUAAUGGUCAUCAUUAGCAUCUUCCUAUAUUCUUCUUCAAAAUCUGUUGGUUGA